AUGGUUGAACAACAGCCCCCUCAGCUUGAUCACAUCAUUAUCCUCCUCCCCCACCGGGACCUGUUGGACCCUCCCGCCUGGAUCACCUCCAACUUCACCCUCAGCCCCGGUGGCCGCCAUGCAGACGGCAAAACGGAGAACAAGCUCAUUGUCUUCCAGGACGGCACAUACAUCGAGCUUAUCGCCUUCAUCAAUGACGAUCCCACCAACAAAGACGGCCAUUGGUGGGGCGAUAAGCGAUACGGAGUCAUAGAUUGGGCCCUCACAUCCCCCGACGUCCAAGAUGUUAGUCGCGUGGCAGCUCGACUUGACGAGUGGAGAAGCAAGCAGCAUGAUGGUGCAUUGGCUACGCUUGCCUAUGCGCAGCCUCGACGCGGUGGACGACGCAGACCCGACGGGCAGGAGAUUGCCUGGUUCGUGACGUUUCCCGAAGGCGCCACCAGGGGCGUCGCCCCGUUUUGGUGCCACGAUGUCACGCCCAGAGAGCUCAGGGUCCCGGCGAGCCCUCAAGGCCUGCAUCACCCUUGUGGUGCGAUCGGCGUUAGCAAUAUCUCUGUCUACACGCCAGCAAGCGCGCGGCUUCAUGGCGCUUACGACGCUAUCUUGACGCGUCCGGGCAAUGCGGCAAACACCGAAUGGGUCGUCGACGCUCCUCGGGUGUUAGCCGCUCAUCCUACGCCAAAAGUUUCCUUGCGGCCAUGGGACGGCUUGGACACGAAAAUCAGGAUUGAGCUUGCAGUCGAUCCUUGUGGUGAAUCCCGGAUACAGGACUCGAUCGAUGAGAAGGUGGGCCCGCACGGAGAGGACCAGAUCGAGAUAUCCUUUUUGAGCGCGGAGUACAGCGGAGUCUGA